UCCCACCUCGGAAAUACCAACCAGGUGCUGCAGCUCCUUCCUGCCCUGCUCUCCUCUCCUCUCCACGGGCUGUCCUCCCGGAGCUCCCGCUGUAAAUACCCGCGAUGUCCAGCCAGUGAGUGAAACCCUCCCGUGUGUACCCGCCUUGCAUGGCUCUCGGUCGGCCGGCCGGACAAUAGACAGCCCGUCUGCCCGCUGCAGCAGCUUCUCCUCCUCAGCCGGGGGGAGCUUCCUCAGUGUUCCUGCCCGGGAUCCCUGCAGCACUCUCCGCGGCUCCAGAUGGCUGGACACGAGUGGGAAGACUGGUUCGAGCGGGAGGAAUUUAUCGGACAGAUCAGCGACAUCCGAGUACAGAACCUGCAAGUGGAAAGAGAGCUGGUUCAGAAGAGGACCUUCACCCGAUGGAUGAACCUGCAUUUAGAAAAGUGUGACCCGCCUAUUGAGGUCCAUGAUCUUUUCCGGGACAUCCAGGACGGACACAUCCUCAUGGCCCUGCUGGAAGAGGUCUCCGGCUGCAAGCUGCCACGAUAGAAACAUCAUCAUCACGCCCACUGGCUUGCUGUGAAUUCUCCGCACAAUAAGACCUCACACAGACUUUGCACUCGGGAGCUGGCGGGGGGAAGUCAGUUCGAUGUCCAGUCUGCAUGACUCGGUAACAUCGAGAUAAUCUAAGGGUUGCAAUGCAUGUGUGAAAGGGGCUAUAUGUGCAGCUUGUGUGGCAGUACUGAUAUUAAGAGUAGUUGUGUUGCUUGGCAGUUUUUAUACUAGUCAGUAAUACUUUCCUUAUUCUA